UCCGCCCCACUGUCCUCCCACCCGCUCCUCGCGGUCCAUGGCGCGCCCGGCGCCCGGGUGGCGGCUGCGGCCGCUGGCGGCGCUUGCCCUGGUGCUGGCUCUGACCCAGGUGCCCACAGCCCGCUCUGGGCAGACGCCGCGCCCCGCACAGCGCGGGCCCCCGGUACGGCUCUUCACGGAGGAGGAGCUGGCCCGCUACGGCGGCGAGGAGGAGGAUCAGCCCAUCUACUUGGCAGUGAAGGGAGUAGUGUUUGAUGUCAGCUCUGGAAAGGAGUUUUAUGGGCGAGGAGCCCCCUAUAAUGCCUUGACCGGGAAGGACUCCACCAGAGGUGUGGCCAAGAUGUCACUGGAUCCUGCAGACCUCACUCAUGACACUACGGGUCUCACAGCCAAGGAGCUGGAGACCCUGGAUGACGUCUUCAGCAAGGUGUACAAAGCCAAAUACCCCAUUGUCGGCUACACAGCCCGCAGGAUCCUUAAUGAGGAUGGCAGCCCCAACCUGGACUUCAAGCCUGAAGACCAGCCCCAUUUUGACAUAAAGGACGAGUUCUGAUGUCUAGCUGCAAAGGGCUGUUUCUAGGGUGAGGUGGGGAGACAGGGGUUAAAUGUCCCAUGGAAGAAGCCGAGGAAGCCUCCAGGUCCCUUGCAUUUGAAUAAAGCUGAUGUUGAACUGGGA